AUGCCAACCAAGCCAGUGAUAAUGGAUCCUAAACAUUCAGUUUCCCAGCAGCCAGUAACUUGUGUGAGUCCACAAUCUGACAAAAUACCAAAAAGAGCAGGGCUAAAUAAUGAGUUGCCCGAAAAGAACAAGCCUUCUGGGAACACCUCAGAGUUUCCUCUCAAUAGACUCUUAAGACUUACAACCGAAGAAAUGAAAUUUAACAUGAAGGUCAAAUCCAUCACCCCCAAACCACCCAGAAAACCAAAGCUGGAGCGAACAUUUUCCUUAGAUGAGAAAGGCUGGAGGAGAAGGCGUUUUAGAACAAGCCAAGAAAGUCUGACAGACCCUAAUGACACAGGUUCAUCAUGUGGCUCUCUACAGGAGGUGAUUCCAAGUCUUCCAGCUUCAACUUCAUUAGCUCACGAUGGCAGUCAGACUCCUCCCAAACUCAACAGCCUACAAAGCACCUCUUUGCAGGAUGUUCCUGAAUCAGGCGACAUAGCAAAUAGUACAGAUCCCCCUUCCUCCUUGGAAAAUUUUCCUCCCACUGUGACAAGUGGUUCCCUGGAGCUUCUGCAUGGGCUUACAGCUUCUGGGAGCAAACUUAAACUUUCCAAAGUUUUGCCUCCAUUACCACUUCCCCCUUUGGAAUUGAAUGUAGCAUCUGAAAACCUAAGGACAACUAAUAAGAUUGACCCAGAUUAUGUAGAUUAUAAACAUCAUGCUCAAAAUAAAUUGCUUCGGACCAAUAGUAGCCUGAGUGAUGAUAGAUUACAAGGCAGUAUAGUUUGCGAUAACUGUUCCUCAAUCUCUCUGAAGUCUUCACUCAGCGUUCUUACACCCAUUCACUCAAGGGACAUCAGAAGCAGGAGCUAUAUGGAAGGAAGCCUCUUAGCUAGUGGUGCCUUGUUGGGAGCAGAAGAACUAGCCCGAUACUUUCCAGAUCGGAACUUGGGACUCUUUGUGGCCACGUGGAACAUGCAGGGCCAGAAGGAACUUCCAAAUAACCUGGAUGACUUUUUAUUACCUUCCGAGACUGACUUUGUCCAGGACAUGUACGUUUUAGGAGUGCAAGAAGGCUGUUCAGACAGGCGGGAGUGGGAUAUCCGGCUACAGGAAACAUUGGGACCCCACUAUGUAAUGUUGUACUCAGCAGCCCAUGGAGUACUAUAUAUGUCAGUAUUUAUAAGAAGGGACCUCAUCUGGUUCUGUUCAGAGGUGGAAUAUUCAACAGUAACAACUCGAAUUGUGUCUCAGAUAAAAACCAAAGGGUCACUGGGAGUCAGCUUCACUUUUUUUGGCACCUCCUUUCUCUUUAUCACAUCUCACUUCACUUCUGGUGAUGGGAAAGUAUCUGAUCGACUGUUAGACUACAGUAAAACUAUUCAGGCACUUACACUUCCUAAGAAUGUUCCAGAUACAAACCCAUAUCGAUCUAGUUCCUUGGAUGUCACAACUCGAUUUGAUGAAGUGUUCUGGUUUGGAGACUUCAAUUUUCGACUGAAUGGUGGACGGAUGGCAGUAGAGUCAAUCCUGAAACAGAAUCUGGAGUUAAACAUGUCAGAGCUGCUUCAACAUGACCAACUUCUAAAAGAAAUGAAGAAAGGAUCCAUCUUCAAGGGGUUCAGGGAAGCAGACAUUCACUUUUUCCCUUCAUAUAAAUUUGAUGUUGGAAAGGACAGUUAUGAUAGCACUUCCAAGCAGAGGACACCUUCUUAUACAGACCGAGUUAUUUAUAAAAGCCGUCAAAAAGAUGACAUCUUCCCAGUCAAGUAUUCUUCCUGUCCUGGAAUCAAGACUUCUGAUCACCGCCCAGUGUAUGGUCUAUUCCGAGUUAAAGUGAGACCUGGGAGAGACAACAUUCCUCUAUCUGCAGGCAAAUUCGAUCGAGACCUGUACUUAUUAGGAAUUAAAAGACGCAUUUCAAGGGAAAUUCAGAAACAGCAAUCACUUAAAGAUCAAAAAUCCAGUAUGAUUUGUACUGUUUCCUGAAGGACCAGCCCAGCCUUGCAAGAACUUAAUAAGCUGACAAUAAGGGAAGAUCGCCUGGCAGGCCAAAUGAAUACUUCAGUCUCUGUGUGAAGAGAACUUACUGUAAAAGACUGAAGUAUUUUUGUGUGUGAUCACCUAUUCCAGCAUUAAUGAACCAUGAAGACUAUCUUAAAUGUUGUUCUGUUCUCUCUAUCUUAUAAAAAAAAACUGUAACACACUGGCCGUGAAAACUCUGUAAUGGUGUGGUACUUAAUUUAUCAGUGUCCGAGGAAGGACAAGUAUCCUGAGAACAAUUUGCAUUUCUUGUAAAUAAACAGA